CUUUGACCUGCUCUUGCUCACGACCAUCAUGUCUGAUCUCCCGACGCUCCUCCGCGCGUCCCUCGACCCAUCGACGCGCAAACAGGCUGAAGCGAACCUCACCGAAGUCAGCAAACAGCAAGGCUUCCUCGUCGCGCUCCUCCGCCUCGUCCUCGAGCCCUCGCAAGAUCGCGCCGUGCGGCUGGCGGGGAGCGUGUACCUGAAGAACGUGGUCAAGCUGCGGUGGGAAGAGGAUGUAAAUGCGCUGCCCGAGGCGGACAAGGCCGCGCUGCGAUCUGAGCUCGUGCCGGCUAUGAUCGCGCUUUCGAGCCCCUCGGACAAGUCCAUCCGUGCGCAGGUCGCGGAGGCGGUGUCCCUGGUCGCGGAACUGGACUUCCCCGAGCGGUGGACAAACCUGAUGGACCAACUGGUCUCCUCCCUAUCCGCGACCGACUACAAUGUCAAUGUCGCCGUCCUCGAGACCGCGCACUCCAUCUUCCAGCCCUGGCGCUCGCAAGUGCGCUCAGACGAGCUAUUUACGACUAUCAACUUCGUCUACGAGAAGUUCAUGAACCCGUGGAUGGCGAUGUUCAAGCAGACCGCGACGCUGCUUCUCUCCAACCCCAGCCCGAACCCCGCACUUACGACUCCGGCCUCGAAUUUGAAGCUGGUGGCACACACCAUGCUGCUCUUGCUCGAGAUUUUCUACGACUUCACGUGCCAUGACCUCCCGCCUGCUAUCGAGGAUGCUCACGCUGAGUUCUUCACUCCUGGGACGGGAUACCUUCAUGCCUUCAUGGCAUGGUCACCUGCCGAGUUGGCCACUGACCAGCCAGACGACACCGUCCCAUCUCUGCCGUCUCAGAUCAAGGCAGCCGUGCUAGAAAUUGCCGAGUUGUACAUCAAGCUCUUCCCCGACGCACUCACCCAAUCCCCUGCCGUCGCAGCCUUCGUACAAGAAGUAUGGACCCUCAUCGGCUCUAACAGCCUCCCCUCGAUCGGCGACGAUCCACUCGUUGCCCAAUCCCUCCGCUUCAUCUCCGUCGCCAUCCGCUCUGGCCUCUACAGGGACCUUUUCGCAGCGAAAGAGACCAUCGCGCAGCUCGUGCAAGGGGUCGUCGUUCCGAAUGUUGCGCUCCGGGAGCACGAGGUCGAGCAGUUCGAGGACGAUCCCAUGGAGUAUAUCCGUCAGGAUCUUGCUCUUGCCUCUACGGAUGUGUCCACUAGAAGACAGGCGGCCGGUGAUGUUAUCCAGGCGCUUGUGAGCAGUGGGUAUGAUGCGGACGCGACGGAAAUUGUGGGGCAGUGGAUACAGAAGGGGCUGGCAGACUAUGCAAGCAACAAGGAGAACUGGGGUGCGAAGGAUGGUGCUGUGUACCUGUUCACUGCUGUUGCUACGAAGGGCUCGACGACGCAGCACGGUGUCACGUCCACCAACGCACUCGUCAACGUCAUCGAGUUCUUCUCAAACAACGUCUUCGCUGACUUGCAAGCCGCGGUAGGCGACGUGCACCCCAUCUUGCAAGUCGACGCCAUCAAGUUCCUCUACACCUUCCGCAACCAACUCACAAAACCGCAACUGCUCUCUGUGCUACCCCUCCUCGUCCACCACCUCGGCUCCGACAACUAUGUCACCUACACCUACGCCGCGAUCACCAUCGACAGAAUCCUGUUCAUCAAGCAGGGCAACCAGCUUUUGUUUGCGCAGGCGGACAUCCACGACCACGCACCGGGGAUGAUCGACGCUGUGCUGAAGAAGAUCGAGGCUGGGGGCACCCCGGAGAAGGUCGCGGAGAACCAGCACUUGAUGCGCUGCAUUAUGCGUAUCAUCCUCACGGCGCGCCAGUCGCUCAUCCCGCACUACGAGGGUAUUCUUACGCGCCUAGUUAACAUCCUCGGCGUCAUCGCCAAGAACCCAAGCAACCCUCACUUCGACCAGUACACCUUCGAGUCUCUAGCGGGCUUGAUGAGGUUCGUCGUAGCCAGUAAUCCCGCCUCUAUCUCGACCUUCGAGGGCACGCUGUUCGGCCCCUUCACCUAUAUCAUCCAGAACGAGGUAGAGCAAUACGUCCCCUACGUCUUCCAACUGCUCGCCCAGAUGCUCGAGGCGCACCCUUCGAGCGUCCCCGAUGCCUAUCGCUCGCUCCUGCCCCUCCUCUUCACGCCGGCAACGUGGCAGCAGAAGGGCAGCAUCCCUGGUCUCGUCAAAUUGCUGAGGGCGUUCCUGGCAAGAGACGCGAAGGGCAUGUUCGCAGCGGGCCAGAUUGCGAACGUGUUGGCGGUCGUGCAACAGCGCUUGAUACCGAGUAGGCUCAAUGACGCAUACGGUUUCCAACUGCUGGAGGGUGUUGUGAGAUAUGUGCCACCUGCCGACUUGCAACAGUACAUCAAGCCUGUGGUCCUCACCUUGUUGCAGCGCAUGCAGAGCAGCAAGACGGACACGUAUGCUCAGCGCUUCGCGUUCUUCUUCCUGUACUCCAUGUCCCUCAACUCGGAGGGGUUAACACCGGACUUCCUGAUUUCGGCCGUGGAGAGCAUUCAGCCUCAAUUGUGGUCGAACUUGUUGACGAACUUCAUCAUCACCCAAACACCCAAGAUGCCGCCAAGGGACCGCAAGGUCGCCGCCGUGGGCAUGUGCCGCAUGUUGACCGAAAGCCAGAUCAUGCUGCAGCCGCCCGCAGUGCAGCAAUGGCCUCUUGCCUUCGACGCGCUCGUCAAGCUCUUCAGCGAGCCGCAGCACCUGCAAAAAUCCAAGACCGACGAUGACCCGGACGCCGGCAUCACCGAGAUCGACUACGAGGAGCAGACCGCGGGCUACCAGGCCGCGUACUCGAAGCUCGCCGCGUCGGAGACGCAUGAGCCGGACCCGGUCGGCUACGUGAACGACGUGCAGACGUUCGUGGGCACGCAGCUGGCGAAGUUGUCGCAGGCGGCGGGGCAGGCGAAGGUGCGCGAGAUGCUGAUGGCAACGGGCGCGCCGAGUCAGGCGUUCGUACAGAAGCUGGCGGCUGCUGGAUUCGCGGUUUGAGUGGAGGAUGGUGGCUAAAAAGAGAUUGUUUGUCGUACUUACUACUGCUACAUGACUGCUUCUGUUAGGAUAGGAUAUUUGCGUAGGUAGCUAAUCCACAAUGUAUGCCGCAUGCGCCACCGAUUUUUCCUCGUC